CAGAAGCUGGCGAUAGCGGUAUAAAGAGAAACACCGCUUCCUAGAAACAAGCUUACUAACCGGAGAUGAGACUGUUAGAAACUCCGGUAGAGGUCUCCUCUCAAUCCUUCUUCUGUGUCAGAUUUAGAGAGAGGACAGAAGAGGUCGUGUUUUUUGUGAAGUACUAUCUAUCUAUCUCCACGACCAUGUUUUUUUUUUUUAUUAACAAUGCUUCUAACUAAAUUUGUUAAUUAUGUGUUCAGUCCCGAUUUUGUUUUGGUUACUAUAUUUUCUUUAAAUGUAGAUAAACAGUUCUUUAUGGGUUUGUGUUAAACCAAAUACAUCUUUAACUAUUUGAACUUCACACCAAUCACUUUAGUUAUUUUGGCUCAUUUUGAUUUGGGUAUAUUAGUUUUGUUUUCCUGUUAUACCAAAAAAUCAUUUCAACCAAUAUAAAGAUAGUGCCGUCUUAACCAAUAUAAUAGCCCUGGGCGAAACCCAAAAUAUGGAUCCUUUUAUAAAUAUUUUCUAUCACUGCAUUUCUUUUAACUUGAACUCUAAAACCUGAAACCAGUGUUUUGGAAACUGGACCGGACCGGUCGGCUGGACCAGACCGGCCGGUCAGACCGUGACUCGGCCAUCUAUUCGGUUCCAGGUUAUACUAAAAACCGGAUUUGAGUUAAAUUGGCAAACCCGAUCAAAAACCGGCAAAACUCGCUAAAACCAGUGAUCAAGGUUGAUAUUAAAAUCCUAUUUUUUCAAAUUCAAGAAUUUUUUUUAAACUGCAAAUUUGAAAAAUAUUUCAUAAAAAUUUCAUAUUGUUUUCUAAGUAUCUAUCUAAAUAAAUUAUUUUCAUUAUUUUAUAUUAUUUUUAAAAAAAUCAAUUUUGUUUUCAUAUCAUUUUUAGAUUCUAAUAAUUAUAUAAAAUUUUAUAAAAAUAAUUUUGUUAUACAUAUAAUAGUUACUUAAUAAAAAAUUUAAUUAAAAUUUAAAACCCAGUUGAACCAAUUGGACCGGUCCGACCAUUGAUCUAGUUACAAUGCCGAAUCAAUGUCUGGUCCGGUUUUCAAAACACUACCUGAAACAAAUAAAAAAUAUAUCUCAAAACUAAUGGUGAAUGUACAGAUUUUUUAUUGUUUUGUCUUGUAAUAAAUAAAUUAGAUUUACUUAAUUAUGAUUUUUUUUGAUAAUUUAACAGAUUGAAAUGGACCUUUAAAACAACACAAAAAAUUUUUGGACCCAUGGACCCAUGGCAAAUGCUCAUGUUGCCAUGGGUAAGAGCCGGGACUGUAUAAAGAUACCCGUUCAUUUUCAUAUUGGAUGAAAAUUGAACACCCUUACACAUUAUAUGACAUACCUAAUAAUGAAACCAUAAUCUAACAAUAUGCCUUUAGCUCCAGUGGAAAUAACUCUGGCCAUUGUAUUAGAAGUUCAUGGUUUGGAUAACCACUGAAACGAAACUAAUAUUGUAGUUUCGAAUUUAGGGAUUACAGAUUUCGGCCCGAACCUCAAGUAUUAAAAAAGCAUAAUUGAAACCCUUCCCUUGAUACCCCUUCGUUCAAAUGGAAAGCUUAUAUCAAAGGGGCAUCAAACGAGUGAUUUGGUGAGAUGAACGUUGAUACAGAACCCCUAAACAAAAAUCCAUAACUAAUUAGUUCAUAGUCUCAUACUUUUAACGACCAAACUAUAUACUGUACUUAAUUAAUCAUCGAAUUCCCACCAAACACAGCAAGACCCCACAAGCCACAGCUCCAUCAUUAUAAGUCUCAUGUGUGCAUGAACAGAAAAUGUCUGUUCAAACAGUAUCAUCCCCGCAAUAUCAAAUCUCGAAACUGAUAAUAUUUUUUUUCAUUAAAAAAUGAAGAAAAUACCUGAUUCCUAAAAAACAGUGAACAUUUAAUCAGUGAUAGAUACUAAUCAAAAGAUUUUUAGUACAAAAGCGAAGCUAAUGGUUAAUGCACCACGUGUAUGUUUUACAGACAUGUAGGUCCAUUUUAUUCAAUUCAAUUAUGUAUCUUUAUCCUAUUUGUAUACGCAUUAUACACCAAAUUAUUUCCAUGCAUCAAGCUCCAGUCAGCAGCAUAUAUACUAUAUAUAUAAAGCAAUCUUAUCCCUCCAGCAGCCAAAAACCAUCAAAAACAACAGUUUCGGUAGUUUUAUAGUAAUUACUUGUGAAGCUUUCUCGGUAGGAUCACAAUGGCAGCGACGGUUGUGUUGAGCUGCAGUAGAAACAGUACGAACGCUAGAACAUGGAAAAGGUGUUCGAAGCAGAUAAAGGAGCAAAGGGCUCGUCUGUACAUCAUCUGGAAAUGUGCAGUCUUUCCUCUCUCCUCCCAUGAUUGAUCACAAUCAUCAAUCUCGAUCCUUCUUGGUUAUGUAUUAGUUUAGCUCCGAGAGAAGUGAAGAUAUAUAUAAAUAGAGAGAGUUAAUUUUCUAAUAGAGGGGGUGAUUGCAUAUGGGAAGCCAAGUAUGUAUAAUGUGAAUCUUAUUGCUAUCAUUUGAUUAUACAAAUACAUAUAUAGUUGUUGAUAUGCCAAUAAGCUUUUGGUAUAGUUUUGUAAUAAAAGAGAUGUUAUAAGAACAAAAGUUCAACUGUGUAAAUAAAGUUAAACAUCUUCACAA